AGGAUGACUGGGAGUGACGCAGGGCAGACGGAGAAAACGGGGUCUUGAGGGGAGGCAGGAGAUGCUGGAAGGACCGUAGCUCUACUUAUUUGACGGGUUCAAGCCCUUUUGCUUGACGCGAGGACAUGAGCAUCACCUGUGCGGGCCUCCCUGUGACAGACAGCAGCUAAUUAGGAAUCAUCACCUCACAUCCUCGGGGCGGAUUAGUUUGGAUACGUUCCCAGGUAACGCUGAUCCCCGUUUCUGCACAUGGGAAGUGGUCUAUAGCCAUUCAUUUUUUGCCACCAAGUUGUAAGUGCCCCCCCGGCCCCCCAAAUCCCCUCCUUUUCUCCGGUGCAUGUAUAAAUCUCAGCCAGCAUGAACUACCUUCGUCGACGACUCUCGGACAGCAAUUUCAUGUCCAACCUCCCCAAUGGCUACAUGGGCGACCUCCAACGCCCCGAGCCGCCGCAGCAAAGCCCCGCAGUGUCGCCUGGGCCGGCGGAGCGGCGCCAGAGCGUCGGCCAGGCGCAGCCCGCAGCAGCAGCAGCAGCCGGGGGGGGCUCCGGCUUCUUCUCCUCCAUCUCCCACGCUGUCAAGCAGACAACAGCCGCGGCGGCUGCCACCUUGUCCGAGGCGGCGGACCGCGCGGGCGGCUCCGGCAACGCGAAGCUCCUUCUGGUCAUCGACGACCAGCAGACCGACUGGGUGAAGGUCUUCCGAGGAAGGAAGGUCCACGGUGAAUUUGACAUCAAGGUAGAACAGGCAGAAUUCUCUGAAAUCAACCUGGUGGCCAAUGCCACGGGCAGCUACAAUGUGGACAUGGAAGCCAUCAGGAAUGGCCAUAAGGUUAUUAAAUCCUUUAAGCCAGACUUUGUGCUGAUUAGACAGCAUGCUUACAGCAUGGACAAGAAUGGAGACCAUCGAAACAUUGUCAUUGGACUGCAGUAUGCUGGGAUUCCAAGUGUCAACUCUUUGCACUCUCUCUACAACUUCUGUGACAAACCGUGGGUGUUUGCUCAGAUGUCAAGAGUCCACAAGCAGCUGGGCGCAGAGGAGUUCCCGCUGAUUGAACAGGUUUACUAUCCAAACCACAGGGAAAUGAUUACCUCCUCUCGAUUCCCCGUAGUAAUAAAGAUGGGCCACGCUCAUUCGGGAAUGGGAAAGGUGAAAGUGGACAAUCAGUAUGACUUUCAAGAUAUCGCUAGCGUUGUGGCCCUGACCAAGACCUACGCCACAUCUGAGCCUUUCAUUGAUGCAAAGUAUGAUGUCCGCAUCCAGAAGAUCGGUAACAAUUACAAGGCUUAUAUGAGGACAUCGAUUUCUGGUAACUGGAAAACUAACACUGGCUCUUCCAUGCUGGAGCAGGUGGCCAUGUCAGACAAGUACAGAUUGUGGGUGGAUUCGUGUGCAGAUAUAUUUGGAGGCUUAGAUAUCUGUGCAGUUGAGGCUCUGCACGGUAAAGAUGGCAAGGACUACAUAAUAGAGGUUGAUGACUGUUCAAUGCCACUGAUUGGGGACCAGCAGGAAGAGGACCGGGUUCAGAUUGCAGACCUAGUGAUUUCUCAAAUGAACCAGACCAUUCCACACACUGCAAGCUCUUCCACCAUCCGUGCCGCAGCAGGACAGCCACCACAGAAAGCAGUUUCUCCUCAGCCUGUCUCACAGCCAAAAGUACCACAGUCUCAACAGCGUCCUUCACCUCAGGGUGGUCCUCAGCAAAGUCCUCCAUCCCAGCAGCGCCCACAGCCUCAAGGCCAACCUCCUGCACAUGCCCAACAGCCUGCUGGCACCGCUGAUCCCAGUAGCCAGGCUAAAGGUAACCAAGGAUCUGCAGCACAGCCAAGGGCGCCAGGUCAGGGCGCUCCUCAGCGAAGCCAGGGAGGGUCCCCUCAAGCGCAGAGGCAACAGUCUGUAUCACAGCAACAGAAAGCCCCCGCGGGGCAGAAACCACCCGGUGGGCAAACGCAGCAACAAAAACCUGCCCAAGUCCCCAGACAGCAAUCACAGGCGUCGUCACAGCAACAGAGGGGAGCCGGCCAGCAAGGCCGUCCUGGAGCAGCCACCACCCAGCAACCACGACCCGCCGCUCAAGGUCAGGGUGGUCCAGGAGGGCGACCCCCUCUGCAACAAAAGCCUCAGCCUCCUCAGAAGCCCAGUCAGGACAGCCCGGCUGUGGGCGGCUCUCCACAGCUAAACAAAUCCCAGUCUCUUACCAAUACCUUCAACAUUCCAGAAACCCCAGCGCCGCGAGCCAGCCUUAGCCAGGACGAAGUGAAGGCCGAAACCAUUCGCAAUCUACGCAAAUCUUUUGCCAGUCUCUUCUCAGAAUGAGACAGCAUAAGCCCCCUUCCCCACUCCACCCACACCCCACUCCCCUUCUCCUACCGACAGAAAAAUGAAGAGGCAAAAUAAAGGACAGAUCCCUUCUUCCCCCAACAAGCAAGGACCAACAGGAUUUCUGCUAUGUGUAUACAGAGCCUAAUAUGAACAUUUCCACACCACUGCCCGAACAGUUAAAACCAAUUAAAAUGAACAGAGAGUAGUGGGAUAGUGAUGUUUGAUACAUUUCUUGCCUUGCUUCGAGCUUAAGUGAGUCAUCCACUCAGACCGCACAAAAUCCUGUAUAUGCAUGCAACACACAUACACAAAAAUACUUCUCCCUUUGUUUGUUGGUGCAGUGAAGUCAUUGUGGUAUUCAUGUUCAAAUAAAUGAAGGGGCCGUACAAAUAAUACUGGGUUGGGGAGGAUUGCUAACUCUUGAUUAAAGUAAACUCCUUCCCACUGUUAUUGUCACUAGUUACCUGAUACUAUAAUAACAUUCACUCUAUUGUUGAGAUCAACUUUCCUUUUGGAUACAAAAAGAUUCAGUCCAACUUGGAUUUUCUGAAUGAAGCAAAUCCCCACAGAUGUGUUUGGCAAAACAAUUUAAACUCUUGCUUUAAAAAAAAGUCUUAAAUACAAAAAUUCCUAAGCAGCAAUUCAGUAAAAGUAAAAAAAAGGGCGAUCAAACUUCCCAAACCCGGCCAAAGAUAGACUUUAAGACUCUGCCUUUCAAAAAAUAAAGCCAUCCUCUCUCUCCCUGCUUUUGUACAGUUAUUUCUUCAUUUGGGCUGUGCACACAGAAUGUCCGGUUUUGGCAAAUGCUAAACCUAGUCGACCCAUUGACGUCGCUCAUGGCGAUGUCUCAGUUGCAUGUCAACAGAGGGCAAUCAUUUUCCAACCUCUGACUUUAAUGCUUGUAACUAUGUCGUCACAAGUUGGUGAAUUAGUAAUGUAGCUUUGUAGGUGUUGAAUGUUGUCACCCCCCCACCCCGCCCUAUUUUAUUUCUUUUAACUGCACAAAAAAAACAAAAAAAAGGUUCUCCACCUUAAAAUCAUGCCUUACACAAGAAAGAAGGUCAUAUCAAAUGUCAGGGAUGUCCACUUGAUUGUGACACUUGUGUGUGGCUUAGGGUCUUCCAUUAUAGAUUUUUUUUAUUUAAUCAAAUAAAGAAGGAAAACAUGAGUUCAACUACAUUUGCACACGGGGAAUAACAGCAAAACUAUACUUGAAUGCAAUGUCACGGACUGCUGUGCAAAGUCUGCAUUUUCAGGUUUAUUCAUUUGCCACCCAAUAAAGCAGCAGCUCACUGUUCCCGCUCUGAGACGCUGCCAUGUGUGUAAUGGGUGCGCUACAUUGGGAAACAGCACAGACAGGGUUGACUACUGUUCAGGUACAGUUAGUAGAAAUUAUGUUAUUUAAUUUAAUUUAAUUUCAUAAAACAAUCAUUUUUGUCUGCAAACCAGCAUCCGAAUCCAGUGGCUGUACAAUAAGUUUUACAUUGAACUCGGCUGAUUUUAGGGUUUAGCAGUAGUUUGUGGGGUUUUGCACUUCACCCCAACCCAGAGUCUGUUUCAUACAGAUCAGCAGAGUUUCUGCUUCCAUAAACUGUAUGCAUCCCACUUUCAAUAAAUGUGUAUGUCUGUAAGGAGUGAAUGUACUCCGAAGCAUACUCAGCCAAGGAAUGUUACAAGAGUCUCAUCUAGAUAGGAAAAGAAUGUAAAGGAGGCAUAUGAAUAUCAACUGCAGGAUGCUCCUCUGCAGUGGGUUUAGCACUAACUGCCACCCAUCCUUUGCACUGACAACGCUUUCUUUAAUCACUAUGGAAAUUCUGAACAAUUAUUCUGUUUCCGGGCGCUAAAAAUGUCUUCCAGGAGACUGCAUUACAUUCAUAUGUUGAUGUAGUACGGCAAUAUCCUGCUUUUUAGUGAAGACCCGAUAGCCAAGAGUAUAUAAAGAGUCCUGAUCUCCCUGCAGAUUGUCCAUGCUGCCUGUGCUUAUCGGUCUGUUUGUGUAGCCACAGUGACCCCUCGUGCUCAAUGGUGCAUAAACGUGUGAAUGUUGUUCUGUGACUGGUAAACCCAAAUAGAUGUGCUGUACAGAGCUCUGAGUGAUGCAGAUCGCCACCUCUCCUCCCUGCUGCUACUUGUGCUUGUUGAUAUUAGAUGUGCCUCUUAUUUUAUUUGUUUUUAUUUAAGAAAUUGGUGGACUGUUCUUCAUUUUGCAUUCCUUUCCUCUACGAGGGACCACUAUCGGGGCUUAUAAGUUUAUGCAUUAGUGAUUCAGGGCUUCAUUUUUACAUUUUACACGUACUCAGUGUUAGUGCAUAAUUGCCAGAUUUAUCGCAAUAUAGCUCACUGUCAAGUGAAUCAACAAAAUCAGUACUUGUUACACUGAGUGUGUAAUUUAUGAAAAUGAGUCAUCACAUUUAGCAUGGAUGGUUAACUUUGAAGAAUGCCAUUCUGUCCCUCAGAGGCCUCGUGGCAUUACUGAGAUCUGGGACAGCAAUGCAAAGAAAGGAGAUUUGUAUUUUUGUCUUUGAUAUUCACAGAUUGUUUACAUUGUUUAUGGUGGAUAUAUUUGACAGUGAAUGUAUUUUUUUUUCUUACAGCUUGUUUUAUCGCUCUCUAAUUGCACUGUAUAAUCAUUGUGGGGGAAAAAAAAAGAAAGCAUUACAAAUUUGUGAACAAGUGAAAACUGAUUAUCAGUUGAUGCCUGCCAGAUUUAAAAAUGUACACCAUAAAUGUGAAGGCAAAAAUCUGAAGUUUUUGCUAAUUGAAAAUACGACAAUACAUAAAGCAAAAAACAUGGUGGAUUAUUGAAUUACAGUAUAUGUAGAAAAAAAAUAGAUGUUAUAUGCAAUGUAACUAUAUCAUGUGACAACAAGUAAGUUAUUAAAAGAUGUAUAUGUCUAAUAAAGUCUAUGA